AGAAGAAGAAGAAAAAGAAGAUGAGGAGGAGGGUAUAGGUAGCGGGCGUGGGAAAGAUGUUUGUUCGAGCUCCUGCACAUGCGUCGUGACUUGUGAAGCUUCAGUCUGUGUCAUAGCAACCGGAGAGGACAACAUGGCAAAACCAACAACCAUAAAAGAAGCCCUUGUGAAAUGGGAGGAGAAGGCAGGAGAGAAGGUGGGGGAGGCGAAAGCAGUCAAGCUGUAUGGUCAGAUUCCUCCUAUUGAGAAGAUGGAUGCUUCUCUCUCCACCCUCAUCAACUGCGAGAAAUUGUCCCUGUCUACAAACUGCAUUGAGAAAAUUGCCAACUUGAAUGGCCUCAAAAACCUACGGAUAUUAUCACUAGGGCGGAACAACAUCAAAAAUCUAAACGGACUGGAGGCUGUUGGUGACACGCUAGAGGAACUGUGGAUUUCCUACAACCUGAUAGAGAAGCUAAAAGGAAUUCAUGUUAUGAAGAAGCUCAAGGUCCUCUACAUGUCUAACAACCUGGUCAAGGAGUGGGCUGAGUUCGUGAAGCUAGCUGACCUUCCAUCCUUAGUGGACAUGGUGUUUGUUGGAAACCCCCUGGAGGAGAAGUACUCCGCUGAGGGGAACUGGCUAGAAGAGGCCACCAAGAGGCUGCCCAAGCUGAAGAAACUAGAUGGGAACCCAGUGAUCAAGGCGGAUGAUGAUGACGAGGGAGACAGUUAACACAUUCUAUUUAAUCUCUUACAGUUUACAGAUUGUUGUUUUAAAAAUAUUUUUAUUGAAAUGGUUUCUAUACCAGCAUCAUUGAGAAUCAAUCCACCAGGCAAUAUCCUAUUAUCCUAUUUGAUCUCUUUUUAGAUGUUGAAUAAGCUCAUUCCACUGGUUGGGAGAUGACCUCUCGUAGAAGCACAUUGCUGAAACUUUUACAGCUCCAUGGAAUUCAUGAAAUAAAAAGUAAUACGAAAGAGUUAGUACAGUUACAAUGUUUGAUGUAUGUACAGUGGGGCAAAAAAGUAUUUAGUCAACCAUCAAUUGUGCAAGUUCUCCCACUUAAAAAGAUGAGAG